AUGAAUAACAUAAAAUUUGAAUUACAUGGUUUUGCUGAUGCGAGUGUAAAGUUAUUUGGGUGUUGUGUUUAUGUGAGAUUUUUUAAUGCUAAUUUUAGUCGUGCCUCUUUAAUAGCUUCAAAAUCUAGAGUUGCCCCAUUAGACAAGAACACAAUGCCUAGAUUAGAACUUUCUGCAGCUUUACUAUUAACAAAAUUAUUAGCAUCAAUUUAUGAUCAAUUGAUAUCUAUUUAUAACAUUUCAAAUAUAGUAUAUUGGACUGAUUCAACAAUUUGCUUACAUUGGAUUUUUAAUGCUAAUAAUACCUAUGAACAGUUUGUACAAAAUCGAUUAAUUAAAAUAAGAGAAUUGUCUUUAAUUUAUAAUUGGAGCUAUAUUGAAUCAUAUAGAAAUCCUGCAGAUAGAACAUCUCGAGGAUCAUCACUUAAAAAGUUAAAAUAA